AUGGCGGACCCUGUGGAAAGACCUGAAGCAAGGGACCAUUUACACUUGAGACAGACUACAGAACAGCACGUACCAGAGGUGGAAGUCCAAGUCAAACGUAGAAGGACAGCCUCACUGAGCAACCAGGAGUGUCACGUGUACCUGAGGCGAUCUCAGCAGCAGCAAGUACCUGUGGUGGAUUUCCAGGCAGAACUGAGACAGGCAUUCUUAGCUGAGACACCAAGAGGUGGUUAAAGCAGUAUUGGAACACCAAGGCUCCAUCUACUAUUUGAAGCUUCUGCCUCAGCUUGCAUUGUUUGUAGGAGAACCUGCGUCAUACCUUUAUCUGUAGCCUUCCCUUAGGUCUUAAGGAUCCUGAAACUUUCCUGUGGACAUUGAAUUUGGUGGAACAGCAAUCAUGACUGUGGGAAAGAGUAGCAAGAUGCUGCAGCACAUUGACUAUAGGAUGAGAUGUAUCCUGCAAGAUGGUCGUAU